AGUUGGAGCUCUGCUGUUAAUGGGUAUCUGAUCCCAAUUUGGUCAAUGGCCAAGGAACAUGAUACUGCCCUUACAGGUUGAAAUGCCUUGAAGACUUUUGGCUCUGCAUACAAUCAUCCUGAAGCAAUGGUUUUCUCUGGUUUGUUGACAUCUGCCCAUUCUGGGACAUCAAAUGCUACUUUUAUUGUCUAUGAAAAUGUCUAUACGAAUUUUACUACUCCCCAAUUUCAGAUUCGUAGUGGCACAACACAGCCAUUGAAAUACAGUCCAGGUGCCAUGGUCACCCCUGAGUUAAGUACUUUCCUAGUGAACACUACAGCUAUCCUGCCAUCACAAGAAGUUUUCAAGCGCUUGAGUCUGCCACUCCAGAUCAUUCUUUCUGCUGCUAUGAUAUUUAUACUAUUGGUUUCUUUUUUAGGAAACUUUGUUGUCUGCCUCAUGGUCUACCAGAAGGCUGCCAUGCGAUCUGCAAUUAACAUUCUCUUAGCAAGCCUGGCUUUUGCAGAUAUGUUGCUUGCAGUGCUGAACAUGCCUUUUGCUCUGAUAACCAUCAUUACUACUCGGUGGAUUUUUGGGGAUAUCUUCUGUAGAGUCUCUGCUAUGUUUUUCUGGCUGUUUGUUAUAGAAGGGGUAGCCAUCCUACUCAUUAUUAGCAUUGAUAGAUUCCUCAUUAUUGUCCAGAGGCAAGAUAAACUGAACCCUUACCGUGCUAAAUUUCUUAUAGUUAUAUCAUGGGCUACAUCCUUUAUUGUGGCUUUUCCACUAUCUGUUGGGACCCCUAAUCUGCAGAUACCCUCUAGAGCCCCUCAGUGUGUUUUUGGCUAUUCCACAAGCCCUGGCUACCGGGCUUAUGUGGUUAUAAUCUUGCUUAUUUCUUUCUUUAUUCCAUUCAUGGUGAUGCUGUACUCUUUUAUGGGCAUACUCAACACUGUACGCCACAAUGCAGUUCGUAUCCAUAGCCAUCCUGACAGCAUAUGCCUCAGCCAGGCCAGCAAACUUGGUCUCAUGAGUCUUCAGAGACCUUUUCAAAUGAACAUUGAUAUGAGCUUUAAAACUCGUGCCUUCACAACCAUAUUGAUCUUGUUCAUUGUCUUCAUAAUCUGUUGGGCACCGUUCACCACCUACAGCCUUAUUGCAACAUUCAAUGGCCACUUUUACCACAAGCACAACUUUUUUGAGAUAAGCACUUGGCUCCUUUGGCUCUGCUACCUCAAGUCUGCACUGAAUCCGCUGAUUUACUACUGGAGGAUUAAGAAAUUCCACGAUGCAUGCUUAGACUUAGUGCCCAAGUACUUCAAGUUUUUGCCACAGCUACCUGGUCAUACAAGGAGACGCAUUCGGCCUAGUGCCGUCUAUGUGUGUGGGGAGCACCGGUCAGCCGUGUAA